GAAAAGAUAUCAAUAGCUGCGUCAAGUUCCGCUAGAAUCCAUGUCUUGUGGAUGAACCGUGAUCCAUCCGCGUAGAAACUAAGGAUUUUGAUUCAUUAUUUAUUAAAUCAUGUAAUUUAAGAAUGUAUUCCUACCAAAUUUUCGGUGCCCACAACGGUCGUAUCUCAAUCCAAAGAUGACUAUCUUUUUUCCCGAUGAAGCCAGCGAAGGUCUGCGAUUGGACUCUGAUUGCCAAUGAUUGUGUCCUGUUUCCUUUGCGAAUGUUUUGAAAGCUUACAAAGCUGAUGGUUUUGUGGAGUCCUUAGUUCGAUUCGAUUCGUCCAUGAGGGGCCUUUGGAGAGAUUCGUGGGUAGAUAAUACCUUCAAGGUUCUACAAAUUAAUCCCAUCAUUCUUUCACUCUUGGAUACCCUUGUCGAUCAAACUGGUUGGAGGCUCAGCGACUGAAGAAGGGUGAGAGGUUCUAGCUGUGAGAUCAUCUGAGGAAGUCUAUGAUGUUGUCUGUUUCAGUCUCAAGCUCCAACAUAGCUUUAAAUAUAGAGCAUUAACGUCAUCACUGUUGCAAGAGUUGAGAAAUUCUUAAAUAGAUCUCUUCGCUUCGUUACUUCUACUGGUAUUGUUUGUAGAGUUGGCAAUCAGAGAGCCUUUAGUACAAUGUCAGAUUCCCAAUUAAGAAGAUGGUGCUUCCAGUUUUCCAAGCUAGGACAACGAAAUCAUAUCGAUACGCCUUAAUGGGUUUUCUUCUUCUUGCUUUCAGAAAUGUCUCUCACGGACCGUUCUACCUCUUCAUCUCUUCUUUCUAUUCCAGAUUUCUACGCAUCUCUCCUCCAGACAAGUCUCAAAAGCAACAACUCUGUUUCUGGAAAAUUAGUUCAUGCUCGAACAAUCAAAGCUGGCCUUCAUAUCAGUGUGUUCUUAGUGAACAAUUUAAUCAACUUUUAUGCAAAAUCCGGUUUACUGUCCGAUGCCCAUCGCCUAUUCAAUGAAAUGCCUCUUAAGAAUACGUUUUCAUGGAACACUAUACUUUCUGUGUAUGCGAAACAAGGUAGGAUUGGCACAGCGCGUCAAAUUUUCGAGGAAAUGCCUCAUCGUGACUCAGUUUCAUGGACUGCAAUGAUCGUGGGUUAUAAUCAAAUGGGUUGCUUUGAGGAUGCAAUUCGGAUGUUUCUAGAGAUGAAUUUGGCUGGAGUUCCACCCACACAGUUCACAUUUACUAAUAUUCUUACUUCUUGUGUCGCCAUUGAGGCUUUGGAUAUAGGGAAGAAGGUUCAUUCCUUUAUUCUUAAACUUGGGCUAAGUAGCUACAUUCCCGUGGCGAAUUCGCUCCUUAACAUGUACGGAAAAUCUGGUGAUCUGAUAGUGGCAAAGAUGGUCUUUGAUAGGAUGACAUUGAAAAAUACAUCGAGCUGGAAUGCUAUGAUUACAUUACAUGCUCAAUCUGAUCGACUUGAUCUUGCGCUUGCCCAGUUCGAGCAGAUGACAGAACGAGAUAUCGUUUCUUGGAACUCGAUGAUUGCAGGCUAUAAUCAGCAUCGAUGCGAUCUGAAAGCUUUAACUUUCUUCAAAAGAAUGUUGAAUGAAUCCUCUGUAAAACCUGAUAGCUUUACCUUCGCUAGCGCUCUAUCAGCUUGUGCCAACCUUGAGAUGUUGAAACAUGGGAAACAAAUUCAUGCUCAAAUCAUUCGAACUGGACUUGAUACUUAUGGCCCAGUUGGAAAUGCUCUGAUUUCAAUGUACUCCAAGUCUGGUGGGGUUAAAAUUGCCCGAAAGAUAGUCAGCAAAAUUGCAGCUACCAAUCUCAGUGUGAUCUCAUUUACUGCUCUACUUGAUGGCUAUAUCAAGCUUGGGGACAUUAGCCCUGCCAGACAAAUCUUUGACUCAAUGAAAGAUCAUGAUGUCGUUGCGUGGACUGCCAUGAUUGUAGGUUACACACAAAAUGGCUUUCAUGAUGAUGCAGUUGCGCUUUUUAGAUCCAUGGUGAAUGAAGGUCCCAAGCCAAACAACUACACUCUGGCAGCCAUGUUAAGUGUUUGUUCAAGUUUGGCUUCGCUGGAACACGGGAAGCAAAUUCAUGCUAUUUCUGUUAGGUUUGGAGAAGAAUUAUCAGUUUCUGUAAGCAAUGCUCUCAUUACCAUGUAUGCUAAAGCUGGGAGCAUAGAAGGGGCUAAAUGUGUGUUUAAUCAGAUCUGUUGGACGAGAGAUACUAUCUCUUGGACCUCCAUGAUCAUAGCUUUAGCUCAACAUGGUAUGGGAGAAGAAGCCGUAGAAUUAUUUGAAAAGAUGCUCACUGUUGGAGUCCAACCUGAUCAUAUAACAUAUGUUGGAGUGCUCUCUGCAUGUACUCAUGCAGGUUUGGUAGAACAAGGCCAGAAUUAUUUUAAUUUGAUGCAGAGUGUGCAUAGGAUUUUGCCCACCCAAAGCCAUUAUGCAUGCAUGAUUGACCUGCUUGGACGUGGUGGAUUACUCCAAGAAGCACAAAAUUUCAUAGAAAAGAUGCCUGUUGAACCAGAUGUUAUAGCUUGGGGUGCACUUUUAUCUUCUUGUAAGGUCCAUAAAAAUGUGGAUUUUGCAAAAAUUGCUGCAGAGAAUUUGCUGAUUAUUGAUCCAGAAAACAGUGGGGCCUAUUCUGCUCUUGCCAAUGUAUAUUCUGCAUGUGGAAGGUGGGAGGAUGCUGCGAAGGUCCGCAAGUUGAUGAAAGAUAGAGGUGUAAAGAAAGACCAAGGAUUUAGUUGGAUUCAGAUCAAGAAUAAAGUACACGUCUUCGGGGUUGAAGAUGGACUCCACCCACAGAAAGAUGCAAUUUACCAGGCGAUCGCAAAGCUAUGGGAGGAGAUUAAAAAAAUGGGUUUCAUUCCAGACACUGAAUCAGUAUUGCAUGAUCUUGAGGAAGAGCUGAAGGAACAGAUACUAAGUCAUCACAGUGAGAAGCUUGCACUUGCAUUUGGUCUGAUUAGUACCCCUGGAAACAUGACAUUGAGGAUUUUGAAGAACCUCAGAGUAUGUAAUGACUGCCACUUAGCCUUUAAGUUUAUAUCUAAGCUUGUAGGAAGAGAAAUCAUACUGAGGGAUGCCACCCGUUUUCACCAUUUCAAGGAUGGAUCAUGUUCUUGUCAGGAUUAUUGGUAAUUUGGGGAGUUCAUCAAAUUCCAUUUUGUGUGGAUCAAGGAAACAGGUCACCUGUUAGUACUGCAAGAAGUCAUACCAUAUACUGGAUCUGUGAUGUGAAGUCACAAACAUGUGCAAUGUAACCAGUAAGUAUAGUAAGAGUGAUAUGAUGCAAAUUGGUAAAAGGACAAAAGGAAUUUCAAAGAUGUCCUGGGUUGAAGUGGUGAGGACCCACUACUGUGCCAUCGUUCAUUCUGAGGUUUUUUGUUCACUUCAUGUUUUACUCAUUUUCUUGAAACGCUAAGAAUUACAGAAUUCCAGCUGGACUAGUCCUGGAAUUUGGACUUCUUUGGAAUUGUGAAUUUAGACAUAACAUUGAUUCAUGAUUGGACAAAGAUCAGGUAGUUCUUCUCUUAAAUACAUACAUUUUCCUGUAACCAAAAAGGAAUCGACUCUGACUAUACUUGAUCCUGCUGAUGACUUAUGUACCAAGUUGCCAUUGAAUGAGGCUCCCAACACCUCCCUGUGAACCAAAGACAGAAUGGCAAUCAUCAAAGUUUGAUGAUAGAUCCUUGAUGUUGAGCAAUGGCAUAAAAUUAACCAUAGGCAGUUUUCCUAUGUUGUGUAGCGACCACUCCACGAUCUGCUUGCUGUCUUGAUAUAACCAACACAUUUCUUAUCCUUAAUUGGAUGGCUUCGAGGAACCCAAGACAAAUGGAAAAGGCUUACAUUUCCUAGGCUGAAAGUGGGGAGGAGGUUCAGGACCAUCAGGAAAUCAAGCACCAGCAGCGCACCAAGCCUGUAUUCUGUUAUUUCAUAUUUCCUGUAUGUUACGAGAUGGAUAUAUUGGCUUUGUUUUCAGUUAUUUUCCCCCCUUCUGUUAUGUGUUGCAAGGAUGGGUGUUUUUGGGUAGAUGAUUUUCGUUGUAUUCUGUUCUGUUGCUGUCUAGGGAACUAUCUUUAAUUUAUUUUCUUUCUAUUUUUGUUCUCAGGGAGGUUAGUUAGAGAGAGGGAGGCAGGUGGUUUGAGUGGAUGGGUGUUUAAGUUGGACUUCGGUGUUUAGCAGUAGGCUGAAUCAACAAGGGGUUGAUGAAUGUGUGGUAUGGAAUCUGUUCCAGUUAAUUACCGGUGAGAAGAUUAUGAAGAUUAUGGUGGCUUUUGAUUUAGUUUGGGUUCCACUUAAGUAACUGAAUUUCAUAUUUCGAACUGGCCAAAUAUGUAUUCUGUGCUAAAAGGCAGAUUGCUGUGGCAGAUGGUCUCCAAAUGCAGUUAAGUGAGAAUGGAUGUUUAACUUGGACUUUGGUGUUCAGAAGGAGGCUGAAUCAACUAGGGGUUGAUGAAUUUGUGGUCUUGUUAUGGAUUAUGGAAUCUGUUCCAGUUAAUGACCAGCAAAAAGAUUAUGACGCCCUUUGAUUCAGUUUGUGUUCCACUUGCAGAACUGAAUUUCAUAUUUCUGAACUGGCCAAAUAUGAAUUCUGGGUUAGAAAGGUUGACUGCUUUGGCCGAUGGUCUCCAAAUGCAGGUACUUGAACUUUGUGGGAAGAGAGAGAUGCUAGAAUGUCUUACAGUAAAAUAUGAUCGUUAGCAGUCAUUUGGAGGUCUCUUUGUCUUAUGAUAAAGAGCAGGGCACUAUGUAGAUCUGAAUUUAAAGGUGUCACCGAUUCGGACUUUGGUUUAGGCUUCCAACAGUUGGAUUACAAGCUCAGCAUGUUUAAUUUUUUUUUGGCGUUCUUUUGAGUGGAUAUGUGGAGAAAAAUCUGAAUGAUUGUAAAGUGGAUAUGCAUUUGAGCUUUUACUUUUCUGUUUUAUUGAACCUGCUUGUAGCCA